GAGUUCCUAACAAGAGUAAUAAAUCACCCCAGUCUAAAUUUUUAGAAGACUUUUUAAAUAUGUGUUUUCACUAUAAGGAACAAGGAGGUAAGAUUGUUGAGUUCUGUAGAAAUAAUGUAUACACACAUCACUUCCAAUAUUUUGUGCAAUUUAAAUUUCAUAGUCCCAAAGAAUUUAAGUGAUGUAUACUUUAGAGGGGUAACUUUGUCUUCAUUGUUAAACGCAAUCGACAAGCUUCCUGCAACUAUUUUUAUACAUUCAGAUGAAAAAUUAGGAGCAUGUUAGGAAACUCUUCAUAAACAGGAUUAUAAACCAUCCUUGAUGGGAUCUUGGAAACUGCCUGGAUUUAAGGCGAGUAACUACUGUGUAAACCACUCUCCAACCAAGUGAAAACAUUCAAAUUGCCUUUUUUUUUUUUUUUUAAAGAUACUAGCUUUGUCUGGGAAAAUGGUUAAAACUGCCUUUUCUUUAAGCUAGACUUGUAAUUUAGGGGAGAACGAGGUUAUCCCACGCCAAGGGGAAGCCACGCUGCUUUCCGGGCUUUGUGCAUUCGCGCAUGCGCUCUGGCGCCAGCCUUGCCACCAGGAGGCGUCUGACCCCUUGCAAGGCGGGGUCGCGGUGUGGUGCGCUCGAGUAUGACGUCAGUGUGUGCGCCACAUCUUGUUGCUGGGCAGCGAUGGCGGCUACUCUGGAGUCCUCUGGGGAGGACACAUUGUGGAACUUCGUGAGAGUUUUGGAGAAGCGAGAUGGCACGGUGUUACGACUGCAGCAGUAUGGCUCUGGCGGUGUGGGUUGCGUUGUUUGGGACGCUGCCAUUGUGCUUUCUAAAUACCUGGAAACGCCCGGGUUUUCCGGAGAUGGGGCCCACGCACUGAGCCGGCGGUCGGUGCUAGAGCUGGGCUCCGGCACCGGGGCCGUGGGGCUCAUGGCUGCUACCCUAGGGGCAAAUGUCGUAGUUACUGAUCUUGAAGAAUUGCAAGACUUGCUGAAGAUGAAUAUUAAUAUGAACAAGCAUCUUGUCACUGGUUCUAUUCAAGCCAAGGUACUGAAAUGGGGGGAAGAAAUAGAAGACUUUCCUUCUCCGCCAGACUACAUACUGAUGGCUGACUGCAUAUACUAUGAAGAGUCUUUGGAGCCACUGUUGAAAACCCUAAAAGAUCUCAGUGGAUCUGAGACUUGUAUUAUAUGUUGUUAUGAACAACGAACAAUGGGGAAAAAUCCAGAAAUUGAAAAAAGAUAUUUUGAGCUCCUUCAACUAGACUUUGACUUUGAAAAAAUUCCUUUGGAAAAACACGAUGAAGAAUAUCGAAGCGAAGAUAUUCACAUUUUAUAUAUCAGAAAGAAAAAAUCGAAAUUUCCAUCGUGAGAUCUUUAAGUCAUCUUACCCAAGCCUCUAACAAUGUGGGUAAGCUAACAAUGUGAAUGGAGCAUGUGAAUACAGCAUGGGAAGAUUGUGUUCACAGAUUUUUCCAGCAUGUCCUUAGGGGUCUGAUAUAUAGACAAUCACCAUGGGCUACCUGCAAUAUGAAAAAUGACUGACUGCCUGCCUCCCUGCCAAUGGGCCUGAAAUCUGACUUAGUUUACUUCUAGUUCAGAAUCAACUUAUGCUUAAAAGAAACAAUGUGUUAUCAGUCACUCCUCAAAUAAAAAUAGGUACUGAAGUUAGCCUAAAGUCUGCCAAAAAUAAACAGUGAAGUAGCAUGGUUGACUUGGCAUAUUUUCAGGAAACCAGAGAUAAAUUAAUCCAUUUUCUAAAGAGAGAGAUCUCUUACUAUUAACUAAUGUUUAAAUGUAAACCAGUAAAUUUUAGUUUGUCUUCAAGAUAAAUUUAAAGGAAGAUUUUCAUUUUAAUAUAAUUAUGCACUGGUCUUUAUCAUAUAUAUCUUCCAUCUCUUUGCUUUUAAGAUAGUUUUAAUACUUGAGUGUUUUUUACUUAAAAAAAUGAAAAAAAAAUUUUGUGUACUUACAUUGGCCAAAGUUCUAUUCUUUUUCUCCACCAUACAUGUCUACGUGAAUUAGGUAGUAAAUUAUACUGUAGUCAUUUGGUAAGGAUGAAAGCUAGGAAUCAGGAGAUUGGGAGGGAGGAAAAGAUAUCUUUACAAAAAUUUUUAUUUGGGAAUGGAGUGAGAAUAAAAAGCCCAGCUUCAGGCUCAUGCACUUACGUGGCUUAUGCACGUUUCCUCAUGUCUGUCUUCCACGAAAAUGUGGCUAAAAUCCCUAGUUUAUAGGAAGCAGAGAGAAGUUUUUAAACAACUACCAAUGUAGUUCUGUAUACAUUUACUAAGUGAUUUUGGUUCUCUGUAUUCUCUGUUUUAUGUUCUCAUGAUAAUCAUCUGUUCACAGACUGAUCUGUCAAGGACUUCAGUCACACUGGUUCCAAAGCGUAAUAGUAACCAGAUGGAAUUCUAGUACUUACAGGCAUUGGUGCUAGGUGGCACAUUUUAUGUGUUAAAAUAAACAUUGUUUUUGAGA